AACCACGGUAAACUGACCCAUAUGCAUAGGUUUUGCAAUGGGGCGUUGAGAAUACUAAUCACUAUCUCCAUUCCUGAGGAUUGUAUUACCCAUGCGGACUCCAAUAAAAAAAGUUACUAUGUGUUUUUUGUUGGGCUAAGCUUGCGUGAUGGGCUGGCCUCAUUUGAUUCAACACUUCGUCGAAUAAACAACGGCAACAAUAACAAUCGACACCACCACCCACCACUCUUCUGUGAAUAAUAAGGACCGUGGUGUGGGAGCCUGUGGUUUGAGUUAGAUCGGAUCAACCAUUCAUUGGUUGGGGGUUGUCAAGUAGAAGUGUCAGGAGUAGUUCUAGCUAGUAGUGUGGUUGUUGCCAGUUAGUUGAUAGGUUUCCACUGCUGCGACGCACGACUGUGGAGAGGUGGAUAGGCUGUGGCGUCUGCAUGGAAAGGGCGGGUUGCUGUUUGGAUCAUGACUGAUAGACCACCUUCGGAACCAAGUAACGGAGAAGUAGGAAAGUCUCGCGACGAGAGGGUGAAACCCAGUGGUUCUAGCAGUGAACGACCGAAAAGCAGAAACGGAGAGAAUGCUCAUGGACAUCCAGAUCGAUCUUCUCCUUCGUCUACUCACCGCAACUCUCCGUCGCCUCCAGCGGCCUUCCGACACCCCUCCGAAAUGCCGGCAAUAGCAAAGAAUGCAAACAUGAGCGGCAACAAUCGCCCUCCCUCCACAACGUCAGUCCACUCGAACAAUUCGGGGGGAGCCACGCGGACAACGGCCACUAGUCGAAGAGGUGGUCGGACAAGGUCAAGAUCUCCCCCAGCAAUGACCAAUCGAAAUUCCAUUGCAUCUCAUGAUGGUCGAGGGUUUCCUCCCAUGAACCAUGCGGAAUCUGAUUCCAAUCCAUCCUCUGCAGCAGCCGCAGCGGCUGCUGCAGCGAAAGCACUGUCUAGCAACCCGGGAGGGCCACCAUGGUCCGAACGGGGGUCCUUUCGUGAUGAUCGACAUCGCGGUGCUGGAAGUCCCGGUGACGAACCAGCCAAAUUCCCUAGCUACGACAAUCACUUCCAAAGUUCUCGCAGCUGGCCAGCAGAGGACCAUGAACGUCCCCGGAGGAGCGGCAGCUACGGACAUUCCCAAUCCAUUCAUCGUUUGCCUGGGGGGAGCGGUGCUGGCAGUGGAGAUUUGUAUGGGCGGCAUGGACCAGCUGGAAGCUAUGGUAGCAAUGACCAUCGAUAUCGCGAUGGAGGCCGGUCUGGGAGCAUGCAUCCGUCCUACGACGAACAUGCCAGUGAUGACCGAAGAUAUCGAGACCGAAAUAGUGGUAGCAGCAGAGGACCUUAUGAACCAGAUAUGCGGAAGGAUGGUCGCUCGAUGUCACCUUCCUCAGACCGAUAUGGUCAACCUUAUUAUCGUGGAGGGGGGCCUCCAGAUGGGCGUACAAGUCCCAAGGGAGGGCCUCCACCCAGGAGUGGCGGCGGCGGUAUGAGCCGUGUGAUUGGCACUGCAACACCAAUUCAUGUUCCAAGGGCAGCCGAAGCACCGCCUUCACGGCAUAGUCGAUCAGGUACUCCUGCAUCUGUGUUUCGAGGACGUCCGGGUAGCGAUGGUCCGCCUUCCAGACGGGAAGAUCGUGCUCCAACCGAAGAGGACAGUCCGCAAAAGAUCUUGCUUUCUCUUCGAACACCAUCUACAUCGUUUGAAGAAAAGCAACCCUCUUCCAAGACUCGGAAGGAAAAUCCCGACUUGCCUCCAAGUCCUGAUGAACCUCCGCAAAUUCAACACUCGCACCAUCAGCAUCCAUCUGACUUUUUUGAGCCUUCACGCAGCCCAAAACCGGGGUCGAUCGAGAUGGCCCCUUCCUUCAAUUUAUUUAACCAGUCCUUCGACAGCUUUGGGGAUACGUUCAAUGUGGUAGGCGGCUUGGAGGCAUCGCUCCAGUCGACUUCAUUUGGUGCAGGACCAACUCCAAGUGGUGAGUUUGGUAGUGGACAACCAUUGCAACGAAAUUUGUCGGGGGGCAACUAUACACAGCAGCUUUUGGGUGGCUCUGGCUCUGGUGGAGCCUUGACGUUUGGAAUGAGUCCGGUCAACUCAUUUGGCAAUGGACCUUCCACAACUGCGUCUCGGCGUGGUAGCAACAUGAUGGUUCUUGGCGGGCAAGAUCACAGAUCUGCAAGUCCUACGCAAGUACUCGGUAUGUAUCACUCGUAUUCUGGAGGUGGCAGUCAUGGCAUGCUCCGACCCAACAAUAGCAUGAAUCCUCUAGAAGAUAGCCACCUCCGCCUGAGUGCCAGCAGCUUUGGGGCGGCACCCUCGCUGUCGCACAACUACACAAGAUCCUUUGGGGCGGAAAACUCUUCGAUAAUGUCUUACAACGGAAGAAUGGCGCACUCGCAUGAAGAGGGCGGCCAGCUUUUCUACAUUUUUCUACGGAAGCACCGAGCGGCGUUCAAGGAGUGCACGUUUUUGUUGCCAGGCCUAAAGGCAGCGCUGCUGGAGACCCCUUUGUCUGGCAAAUCAGGCGACUUGGGUGAAAUGGAUCCCAUGAUGAAACCUUCGAUGAGCGGCAUGUAUCCAGAACCGUCGCCUCAGGAUACGGGAGUGGCGAGGCGACGAGUUGCGUCGGCUGUUUGUGCCUUUGGCGGCAGUCAAACAUAUGAGAAUAGCUCCGGAUCGGGUCAGUCAAUCUUCAGAGAAAAGGAAGAAACACCAACUGUGACACCAUCCUCGUCAACUGGCACACCGCCUGGAAGCCGCUUCCAAUCGAGAGCGAAGGUGAAGUACGGUGAAGUUCUUCCAACGCGGUACUAUGAAAACGAGAAUCGCUUGUCCUGGGAGUUCGAAGAAAACCCUCCAGUAGAAGCUCAUGGCGACGACAGUGACGACAAUCGAAAAUCUGAUUCCAGUGUCAAGCAAGAGCAUUCUUCCAACGAAGCAUCCAAAGCUGAUGGUUCCGAGAAGGACGACAAGAAACUCAAGGCGGAUGAUUCAAUGCCUCCCACGCCGUCGACACCUUCCAAGAAUGGCGGAGGAGACAAUGACGAUUCGUCAAAGGCGGCCGAUUCGACUACAAGUCCUGGCGAGCAACCGAAAAUGCGAUAUCGUUGUAAGCUCUGCGGGCAACCAAAGCAGAAUCACACUUGCCCGUUUAUGCAAUCACUGGCACGAAGCAUUGGUAUUAUGGUGUAUCCAGCGGUCAAUGCAUUCGCUGCAGCCGAACCAGGGAUUGUUGCGCCGCCUUUGUCUGAAAUGAAUAAUUUUGUAGGCCCCGACGACGGCUCGGUCGCCGAUACUGUAAGCAAGGCUUCCAUUCCAACCCCUGACAGGCGACACUUGACUGGUCCCGGCCAGAAUGGUUCCACGCAAGUGACUCCAGAGUCAAGACGAUCCAAGGCACGGCAGAUAACCUCCCCCACUUCUACGCUGUCCACGGGAAGCUCGACACCGCAGCGACCCCGGACCCCUGGUUCAGCAGGACGAAACCGACCUGUUUCCAGUCCUCCGGCUGCGCGAACUCCUGGCAGCGCUGGCAGUAGCAGCCGGCGGUCGAGGAAGCGACGUCACGGACAGAUGCACGGAUCUCCGUCUGACAGUGAUCAAGGCGACCUGCUCUUUGUGGAAGCCAUGGAGUUGAAGCAGGAGCAGUUUCGCAUGAUUACACCAUCGAAAGCAGCAACGUCGCAUGAUGCAUACACGUAUCCCGCCCUCCCCCUGCCAUACGCCCAGAGAAAGCGUCUGAGCGACAAUCUCUUCAGCCUCUCACAAAAAGUUCCGCAGCUCACCAAGGAAUGUUCAGCGGUCCUCCGUGAAGCUCGCGAAAAGGACAUGUGGGAUUUGGCUGUUGCAGAGUUGAUGACUCAAGUCGUAGUCGUCAUUCAUUGUCAUGAGGGCGACUCCCGCUUCGACGGCUUGCGACAGUACCUUCUCACACUGGGCAUAGCCUGCUAAAAAACUACCAUGUACUACCGUUUUGUGUGCGCCAUUCAACCCCUAUUCUUUGCAGCACCGCAAUAUAGCUUCAUAUAACAAGAAAUAGAUAUUCGGGGAAUAGUCUUUCU